AUGAAGUUUAUACCGGCAUACUCCCCCAAUUUCGGCGGUUUAUGGGAGGCCGGCGUUAAAUCGUCAAAAUUUCAUUUAAAACGGGUCGCGGGCAAUAGUUCACUAACAUUUGAAGAACUUACUACGCUCUUCGCGCAAAUAGAGUCAAUCCUCAAUUCCCGCCCCCUGUCACCUCUAUCUUCCGAUCCUCUUGACCUGACUCCUAUCACUCCUGGCCACUUCCUCAUCGGUCGUCCACUCAUGUCGGUGCCAUCUCAUCCGCCUGAAGAACUGAAGUCUACCAAUCGCUACCACAUCAUAGAGAGACUCCGGCAGCAAUUUUGGGACAGAUGGAGGACGGAGUACCUAUCAGAGCUCCAGGUCCGAACGAAGUGGAGGACAAUGCAGCAUCAAGCCAAGGAAGGCGACCUGGUCCUACUCAAAGAAGACCACGCCCCACCUAUGAAAUGGCGCCUAGGACGGAUUGUCAAACUCUACCCCGGACCCGACAAUAUCACCAGAGUUGUGGAUGUUAACACGGCCAAAGGAAUUGUCCGCCGUGCUCUCAACAAGCUCGUCGCACUGCCGCCUUCGAAUGAAGUUGAAACCCAGUCACCUGCUUUCAACGGGCCCCAGUAUGUUCGCGCUGCUACAUCAGCGCCACCACCGGCGACGCUAGCGCCCCCUAUCAUAAUCAAGCAUGCUCCAUAG